AUGGAAAUCAUAGAGUGGAUUGGAAUGAUAGUUGUGAUAUACUUUGGAUAUUUAUUAGUUAUGGAAUGUAAAGUAAUUGUUUCUGGGAUUUCUAAUGUCUAAUAAAUCUAUGGAAAGGGAUGCUGGGCUUUGGUUACUGGUGGUACAGAUGGAAUAGGAAAAGGGUUUUGUUAGGUAAUCAAUCUUAUAAACUUCAAGGAAUUCGCUAAAUAAGGUGUUAAUGUUUGUAUUGUUGCAAGAAAUAAAUAAAAAGCAGAAAAUUUAGUAAAAGAGUUAAAAAAAAUUAAUGAUAAACCAUAAUAUAAAAUUGUGGUUGCUGAUUUUCAAAAAUGUCUUUAAGAAAAUUUCUUUCAAAAUAUAUAUUCAGAAAUAAAAGAUUUGGAUAUUGGUCUUCUUAUAAAUAAUGUUGGAGUAUUAACAGUUGGGGAAUUCCAUAAAACAUCUGAUAUUGAUCAAUAAAAUUAGAUUAUUAUAAAUUGUAUACCUGUAGUAUUUAUGACAAAAUAUCUACUACCUAUGAUGAAGAAAAGGCAAAGGUCUGGUGUUAUCAAUCUUUCUUCAUUAACAGGAAGAUUUGCCUAUCCUUAUUAUCAAGUAUAUAGUGCAACAAAAGUAAGAAUUAUCUUAAAAUAAAGGCAUUUAAUGAUUAUUUUACAAGAUCCUUACAAAUUGAAGUUGAAAAUGUUGAUAUUUUAUCAUUUAGACCUGGGUUUGUUUAAACAGCUAUGGUAAAAAAUUAAACUGAUCCUCUUACAGUUUCAACAUAACAAUGUGUUAAAGCAGCUUUGUAUAUAUUUUAGUAAUAUAAGAUUAUAAUUGGGAAAUAAGGAUGCAACAGCAGGACAUGUAAAACAUCAAAUAUAAACAUUUUUGUUAAGUUUAGCCGAAGGGAAGUUUAUGGAUACCAUAUCACCCAUUUUUGUAAAAUAUCUAUAUAAAUAAAAACAUUGA